CCAACCAACCAGCCUCUCCCUGAACACAUUUAGUCAAAUUAACGAUUCAACAGCGUUACCUUUGAUAUGGACUUCCACACCUGUAACAUUAGCACACUUACUUUCCUGCUAACCUUCACACCUGCCGUCCUUCACGUAAAAACAUGAACACAGCAUUACCUCCACAACAGUAGGUGGCGACAGUGAGCUAUACUCGACCUGUCAUGACUGUCUAGGUGGCGGUGCAGAGCUGGGAGUGUCUCCUUAAACCAAGAGAAGAAGGAGGUAGGGUCCCUCUGAAGGAGGAACGGGCAACAUUUUCCUACGAAGUGCACUUGAGAAAUACACUAACCUGAGGUGCAAAAACAAUUUGAAAACAUGGAUUUGCUGGACCACGCGUACACCAGCACCACAUAUGAUCAAAUCAACCCCGUGGAGUUCACGUAUAAAUUGAGUCCAAAGGAAACUGAAGACUUUGUGAAGCUGAGGGCUUCAAACAGCUACCUCUUCUCUGGUAGGAGAAACUCUUCCAUGUGGGCAUGGAGGGCCAUCCUGAAACAUAUGGGCUUACACCACAAGAUGACACAUUGUCAGGCAAGCAAAAAAUGGGAAAACAUGAAGAAGAAAUACAAGGUUCUGAAGAACCCCCCUGAAGGGGUCAAAGUGUUUCCUGAAAUGUGGCCUCAUUUCAACUUGCUAGAUGAUGCCAUGGAGGGUCGGCUGGAGGGCAGCGCCCCCAUCCUCAAGGCCUUCCCUGAACACAAAGAUGACACUGAUUUCUUACCCACCUCCAAACCCAAGAGGAGGAAAUUUUCCAUGAUGAAAGCUGCACCAUCCGCUGUGAUGGUGGCUGGGCCCGAGAUCGAGGUCUCACUCAACGGCGAUGAAGAGGAGGAGCAGGACGGAAGGGAGGCAAUAGAGCACAUCAUGCAAGAUGUGGAGAGCGAGAGGACGUCUCUAGAGAGCGACAGGGCGAUGAUGGAAAACGACAGACGGGUGAUGGAAAGGGAGAAACGGGUGAUGGAGCGGGAGAGGCAGGUGCUGCAGAGGGAGAGAGCCGUGCUGGAUAGGGAGGUAGCCGCCCUGGACCGGGACCGGGCCUGUAUGGAUAGAGAGAGGGCGAUAAUCGAGAGGGAGAGGGCGGUGUUGGAGAGAGAGAAGGCGAUCAUGGUGAAGGACAGAGAGGCUGUGAAAAGGGACCGGCUGGCUCUGGAACUAGAAAGAGCCACGCUGGAGAGAGUGGGCGCAGCCAAGGAGAAGACAGUGGAGAGCACAGGAGAGGGGGAACACAGCAGCAGCAGAAUUACCUGUGAGACCGUGGACAGGAAGGAGCGGUUCCUCAGCUUGUUUGAAAAACUCAUUGAAAACUUCUGAGAGAACCAUUUGAACUGCAGUUUCCUACGCUGCUUGGAUAUGCUGCAAAUGUGUUCAGUCAGUGGGGAUUAAAGACAUUGUGACAAUGGCUUUUGGUGAGGACUUUGAACUGAAUUUAGAUUUUUUAAAAUUUAUUUAGUUAUUUAUUUUUGUAGAUCUCAAGCCAUUAACUAUUUUCGUUUGUGGAGUUUGUCUACAGCACAUGCCUUCUAAGCAAACAUGUUUCCUCUGUUUGCCAGAAUCACUACUGGUACUGUUUCAGACUGAGCUGGAUCAGUAAACAAGGGUACAACUUAAGUUUCUUAUUAAUAAUCCAGUGUACUCCUCCAAUAAGUUGUCAAUGAAAACGUUAAGCCACUCCUCAUUUGGAGAGGUCAUCAAAACAACUUUAUUCAAUUGUGGUUAUUCCAUACAGAGCACACAAUAGCAAGCUAUUACCAUUAUUCUUAACCCCGUCCACAGUCAGAACCCCCCCCUCCCAAAAUAAAACAAUAGUCUUUAGGUGACUCUAGACAUUAGAGUAUUAUGUAUAGGCUAUUGUGCAUGGUUAAAACAUCACGUUUUGAAAUGUAGUAUACCAAAUAUUGCAGUCUUGUAAAAAAGUUUUUUUCAGACUAUAUAUUUUUAUAUUACAGUACAGACUUUACAACAAAUGAUUGUGUUUAAAUGCUUCUUUUAUUUUAUUAGAUACUCAAUUUACCUUUCAUUAAGCUCCAGCUUCAAUAAGUUUAUGCUAGUAUACAUUUCCAAAAGUGUUAGAUUCGACAUUAAUAUUAAUAAUAUUAUUUUUUUUUUUUACAAAACAAACAUAUUUAAACAAUAUUGCUGGUUGUUUUUGCCAGUCUUGAAUAGACACCAAACAGAAACAUACAUGCUGUUUGAGGGUUUCAUCAAUAAACUGAUUUGUCUCAAAUGCCA